AUGCGAAGCACUCACGUCGUUUCAUCUCUGCUGUGCCCGGUCGUCUUUCUCUCCCUCCAACCCCGCGUCUUCCCCUCUCCUCUCCCUCCACCUCUCGUCGUCCCCUUUCGUCUCCCUCUACCCCCCAGCGGCACCAAUCGCCACCACAAGCGCGCAGCAGCAUAUCUAGUCAAGGCCGUGUCACGCCACGCUGGCGCUGAGCUGGCAGAGGCGGGCGUGCUGCCACUGCUGACGGAGUCCCUUCUGGAUGCCAUGCUGGCAGUGCGGGAGACUGCUGCAUGCGCAUUGGGCCACGUGGCGAAGCACAGCGGUGACAUGGCGAUGAGAGUGGUUGGGACGGGUGCAGUGCGGUUGCUGGUGACAUGCCUCCAGGACGAGGCUGUAGCGCGGAUAGCCCUCUCAGUGUUGAGUGACGUGGCACGCCACUCGCUGCUGCAUGCUACAGCCGUGGCCGGUGCGGGCGGCAUCUCUGCCGCCGUCUCUCUGUUGGGAUCACCUGACGUCAAGACAAGGCGCCAGGUCUGUGUCUGCCUCUCUACCAUCGCCAGGCACUCUGAAACCCUCGCGCUGCAAGUGUUGGACCAACCAGGAGCGUCUCGUUUGCUGCUCUGCCUGCACGACUCGUCGCCCUCCUUACGGGCAUCAGCAGCAGCGGUGGUGAGGGAGGUGGCGAGGCAGGGACCGGCAGCAGCAGGCAGGCUGGUGGGCAUGGGGGGCAUUGGGCCGCUGCUGGAUGCCGUGGGCACGUGGAGGGACGAGAGCGAGGGAGAGGGCAUGACAAAAGGCUCCGCCAAGGUCUCAGUGGUGGUGGCCCUCGGCUUCCUGGCAGCUUCCUCACCGGAUGCAGCGCUGGCAGUGGUGGCAUCGGACGGCAUAUCCCCGCUGCAGGAUCUGAUAGUGGAGGGCCAUGCUGAUGUCACUCUUAAAGGGGCGUGUGCAUGGGCGCUCUCCCAGAUGGCCUCUCACGGUCCCAGCCAUGCCAAGGCAGUAGCAGACAGUGGGGUGUUGAUCGACAUGGUCACAGCAGCCACCGUCCACCUCCCUGCUCCCGAUCCUGCUGCCGAGCCUGGCGCUGCUGCUACGGCAGAUGGUGCGGCUGUUGCAUCCGCUGCUUCUGAAGGAAGAGGCUCGGCAGCGGAGGCUCGGGAGCGCUUGGUGCAGGCAGUGAAGGAUGUGGUGGUUCGGGUGAAUGACAUCGAAGCCCUCGAUGCGCUGCUGCAGUGGACGAAGCUACCGGACUGCAUACUGGAGUCUGUCCUGCAUCGCAUGUCUGUAGUGCUCGCUAAACACAACGCCUGCCGCCCGGCCUUCCUCGCGUCGAACGGCUUCACUCGUCUGCAGCGCCUGCUACAGCUGGCAGAGGCAAAGCGAGCCGCCGCUGCCGCCGCCGCCGCAAACGCUGCCGCCGCUGCCGCCGCCGCUGAGGGCGCUAAUGCCGAGAGCCCAGGAGACCGGGUGGCGAAAGUGACCCGAUUUGAUCCUGCCUCCGUGCGUUGCAUAGAGGGGGGCGUGGAUUGGGAUUUAGUGGAGGACCACGUGUCCUCUAUCAACUCGCUCUUCCCGUUCGAAGUUUCCCGAUUCUACUCAGCAGAUUACCAGCAGCACCUCCUGCAGAAGCUCUCAGACAGUGUCAAGCCGGAAUGGGCUGCGAUAGCUACGGCCGCUGCUAGCCCCCGAGCCAUGUCGAUCAAGGCUCGGGAGGGCAGGUUCGUGCGGGGUGGAAGGAGACCGGUUGAUGUGGAGGAGGUGGGGCGGGGAGGGUGGGAGGCUCCGGAUUUGGGGCCACUGGUGGAGGAGGAGGUGGACAUUAUAUCGGCGAUUGAGUUCGAUCGUACCGGCGAGCACCUGGCGACGGGCGACAGAGGCGGGCGAGUCGUGCUGUUUGAUCGCAUUGACCUGCGCGAUGCGCGGGGUCGGCGGGAGAUGGAAGCGAGCGACUACCCCCCCGCCGCGCACCAGCAGAUCGACUACCGCUACUCGACCGAGUUCCAGAGCCACGAGCCCGAGUUCGACUAUCUCAAGUCGUUGGAGAUAGAGGAGAAAAUCAACAAGAUCCGGUGGGUCAACUCCUCCCAGGGCGCGCUCUACGUGCUCUCCACCAACGACAAGACCAUCAAGCUCUGGCGCGUCACGGAGCGCCGCGUCAAGGCCGUCUCGCAGUUCAACUGCCCGCCCCGCACAGCUGCAGACUACCUCGCUGCGGCCAACCCCCCAGCCGACCCCGCAGCAGCAGCGGAUGCGGUCCCAGCGCCCCCGGUUUCAGUGCCUGGGGGGCCGCAGAUCAAUCCCCGGUACCUCCCGCGCCCCGGGUCGCUGUCUGCUGCGUCGGCUACGGCCAGAGCGGUGGCUGCGGGCGCUGGAGCGGUGCUGAACGGUGUGGGCGAGUGCAUGGAGCUGGACUUUCCUCCUGGAGGGUUUCCUCAACUGCGCCUCCCUGCUGUGGUGUCAACCAACGAGACCACGCUGGUGGCGCGGUGCCGCCGUGUCUUCUCCAACGCGCACGCCUACCACAUAAACUCCAUCUCCUGCAACAGCGAUCGUGAGACGUUCAUAUCAGCGGACGACCUGAGGGUGAACCUGUGGAACCUCGAGAACAACUCGCAGAGCUUCAACGUGGUGGAUAUCAAACCCGCUAACAUGGAGGACCUCACAGAGGUGAUAACAUGCGCGGAGUUCCACCCAUCGCACUGCCACUCGCUCGCCUACUCCACCUCCAAGGGCACCAUCCGCCUCAUCGACAUGCGCCAGUCCGCCCUCUGCGACCAACACUCCAAGCUCUUUGAGGAGCAGGAGCCUCCCGGCAACCGCUCUUUCUUUUCGGAGAUCAUUGCAUCCAUCAGCGAUGUCAAGUUCUCGCAUGAUGGCCGCUACAUCUUCAGCCGCGAUUACAUGACCGUCAAGCUGUGGGAUAUUCACAUGGAAGCGCAACCAUUGGGAACAUUCAAAGUGCAUGAGUUCCUGCGACCCAAGCUGUGCGACCUGUACGAGAACGACUGCAUAUUUGACAAGUUUGAGUGCACGCCCAGUGGGGAUGGGCUGCGAUGCGCCUCCGGCUCCUACAGCAAUCUGUUCCGGGUGUUUGGAGUGGUGCCGGGGAGUGAGGAGGCCUCGCUUCUGGAGUCCUCCAAAACACCAAACAGCCAAUCGGCGCUCUUGCUGGCGAUGCUGUUGCUGUCCUUUGCCGCGCUCUCCGCCGGAUUCACUGAUUUUGUUCGCCGACCCGGCCCCGCCCCGCCCCCCUUUUCCCCUCCCCCUCGUCCCCCUUCUCCUCCUCCCCGGCCCCCUCCCCCUCCCAGUCCUCCCCCGCCUCCUCCGCGCCCUCCGCCUUCUCCGCCUCCUUCUCCGCCCCCGAAUCCUCCCCCUCCGUCUCCCCCUCCCAGACCUCCCCCCAGCCCUCCGCCCAAACCACCGCCUCCUCCGCCAUCUCCCCCUCGGCCCCCGCCACCCCCGCGCCCUCCACCACAACCUCCGCCUUCUCCCCCUCCUUCCCCACCCCCGAAACCUCCCCCUUCCCCUCCUCCGUCUCCCAAACCCCCUUCUCAGUCCCCCAGAUCCCCCCCUCCGCGCCUCCCAGAGUUUCCGCCGCCCUCUCUUCCCCCGUCUGAUGGUCCCCCGACGCCCACGUUGAAGCCGGAGGGGGAGAUUUACCGCGUGUGUGCCGUUGCAGGACCAGCAGUUGUAACGGUCUCAAGCACGCCUCUCGGGCAAACCUGGCGAGGCUGGGGCACGUCGCUAGGCUGGUUCGCGAACUACAUAGGCCGGUUACCCGCCGCCGAUCUCAACACACUCUUAGACCUGCUAUUUCACCCGACGCGCGGCCUCGGUCUUAAUAUGGUUAGGCAUUUAAUCGGCGCGGGCUUUAAUCCCUCACGCUCGCCUCAAAUGACGUCUUUAGGACCGCCGUUCGACGCGCGCCCGAUGCCAGGGUAUAAACCGAAGGCGGCAGGACCAUACGAUUGGGCAGCUGACUGGCGGCAGCGGCGCGUGCUGAUUGGUGCGCUGGCACGCGGAGUUGAUUCGGUAGAAGCAGUAGCUUAUUCGCCUCCGUGGUGGAUGACUAUUAGCGGGGAUGUGUCAGGCGGCCACGCCAACACCAACAACUUACGACCGAGAUAUUACGAGGCGUUUGCGGAUUAUCUAGCCACGAUAGUGGAGAAGUUUAGGAACGCGUGGAACGUUACUUUCGUGGCGAUUAGUCCGACUAACGAGCCGCUAGAGGGAUGGUGGGAGCAAGGGGGAAUACAGGAGGGGUGUAACUUCGACGCCACUGGGUUACAAAAACUGAUUCCGUUAGUUGUGCGAGCUCUCAAUAAGCGAGACCUGGUAACCCGAGUGGCGGGAUUCGACAGUCUAGUAGACUCCACGAUUCGUUACAAGCGGUUUUGGAGUGCUGCUAAGCAGCAAUCGCUACAGCCGUUGAGGCAUCUUAGCGUUCACGGGGGCCUACAGAAGGAGGUUUGGGUUACCGAAGCUGGGCCUCUUUUCAUGAAGGGGGGAGCGGACAUUGAUAUUGCCGUGCACAUGGCACGGACCAUCAUCCAAUCAGUGAAUAUCAUGGGCGCAUCCGCUUGGAUUUUCUGGCAAGCAGUGGGAAACACUCGUACAUGGGCCUUUCUUAUUAUUCCUAUGGUUGGGAUCAAAAGUGCGGAGCUUCCACCUUUCUCGGUGGACUAUUCGAAGAAGUAUUUUGUAAUGAAGCAGCUUGUACAGGGGGCGCCCAAGGGGAGCAAGCCGUUACAGGUUACCACUGCGCAGGGGUGUCAUCAUUGUGUGGCUGCAUUCUACUCUGCCGCCCGGCGCCAGCUGGCGGUGUUUGUGGCCAAUCAAGACGGGGACGAUUAUCCCAUGUCAUUGGCCAUUGAUUCUUUCGCAGCAGAGAAUUCUGCUGCUCCUGUACAAGUCAAGAUGUACAGGACAGCUUAUAACGAGGAUAUGGAGCCCACGUUUGCCCAGGCAUAUGAUUCAAUGCCGAAGAGUAUUAGAGUGGUGGCUCGCUCCCUGACAGCCAAUCGAGCCUGGUCCAAUCCGAUGGCGGACAUUUCUCGUCAGCCUGACUCCGCAGCUCAGCCGUUGGAUCCCGUCCUCGUGGAGAGAGCGCUCUUCUUCCGGCCAGAGGAGCGGGGGAAAGCGGAGAUUGCGGAAGGCGCAAAAACCGCUGCGGAGCACCUGCAGCAACAGCAGGGGCAGCAAGGCGCGCAGAAUUACCCUUCAGAUGCGCGUGACGUGGCGCAUAGGGACGGUGCAUGGUCAUUUCGUUUGACUCACAGCAGUGACGCGGGUAGAACAACCGAGGAGGCUGAGCGGGGAGGCACGGGAGCGGAUUUAGGCGUGCAAUUGAGAUUAAUCAACGUGAGGCCGACCAGGAGCAGAAGCACCCCCCGUACUAGCUGGGAGCGGCAUGAGCGCUCAAACCUCGACUCGUCGUCUUUCCUGGACAGCGCGUCCCCGUUUGGAGCCGCUUCGGUAGCAGCAACGGAGCCUGGAGACUCGCUGGCCGUGUACCGACGAGCGGUGGCUAAACUGGUGGCGUUUGGGUUUAACGGCAAGGAGAUUAACGACCAUGCGCGCCGCCUCAUCGCCAUGGGUGCAGGCGGCGUCGUUCUCUUCUCUCGAAACUUCUCAGACCCCCGCCAGCUGGCCUCCCUCUGCGCCGAUCUCAAGCGGGCGGCGUUCCCUCGGCGUCUUCUCAUCAUGGUGGACCAGGAGGGCGGCAGAGUCACGCGCCUCGGCCCGCCCUUCACCUGCAUCCCCGCCGCCCGCACCAUCGGCUUUUCCCGAAACCCUAAUCUUGCCCGGGCUGCUGGGCGCGUUUUAGGCCGCGAGUUAAGAUCAGUGCAUAUAGAUAUCGACUUAGCUCCUGUGUUAGAUGUGGAUACUAACCCUGACAAUCCAGUUAUAGGAGCCCGGUCGUUUAGUCGGGAUCCGGGUGUUGUUUCCCAAAUGGGGUACGAGCUUAUAAGGGGUAUGCAGGGGGAGGGGGUCGCAGCAUGUGUGAAGCACUACCCGGGGCACGGGGAUACAUUGGUGGAUAGCCACCUGGCGCUUCCUUAUUCGUCGCACGAUCUGAGCCGUCUGGAAUCUGUGGAGCUGGUGCCGUUUGCGCGGGCGGCAGUGGAUGCUGACGUGGCAGCGGUGAUGGUCGCGCACGUGGCAGUGCCUGCACUUACCACGUGGCAGCCUCCUCCUUCUAUGGAAUAUCUCCCAGAGAGUGUGAAACGUGUCAUCAGUCCACGGUGGGAGCUGUUUUCCCCCUACAGGAGGCGGAAGCAGUGGGACGAGGCGAGGAGAGAAGCAGAAGCAACCUUGGGAUUGUCGCGAUCCCUCUCUGAAUCUGACCUGAGGGCUUCUAACAAUGCUGGUAGUGGAAGGAGGAACAAUGACAGCAGCAGAAGCAGCAGUAACAGUAGGGUUACCACCAGCACUGACACAGUAAAAUCCCACACAUCACCAUCAACCACGCAACAGCAGGCACACCAGCAGCAGCCUACCCCUCCCACCAACCACCCUGGCCCUUCCCCCAACCCCUCCCCACUGACCGCCUUCGGCUCUUCUCUCCCUGCUACUCUUUCUCCCGGCGCCCUCUCUUACCUUCGCAUGGAGAUUGGUUUCGAAGGCGCCGUGUUAUCGGAUUGCCUCGAAAUGGGGGCGAUAGUGAAGCAUGUGGGCGUGGGAGAGGCAGCAGUGCUGGCUGUAGCAGCAGGGGUGGAUAUAGUAUUGGUUUGUCACACAGAGAGCAGGCAGGCAGAAGCUGUAGAUGCCCUGGCGCACGCGCUACAGUCCGGGCGGCUCUCGGUGAAAAGAUUUCGGGCAGCUUCCCGGGCAGUUGAUGCGCUGGCGCGAACGUUUUGGCGGCCGCCCCCCCCGGAGGGGAGUGAGGUGGAGGAGAGGUAUUGGGAGGAGGAACAGCGGGUGGUGGGGUGCAAGGAGCAUAGAGAGGUAGUGGCUGAGAUUGAACAUGAGGCCUUGGCAAGGGGAGAAGGGGAUGAUUGGGAGGGGAAUGAGAGGAAGGAGGGUGGUAGGAGAUGUACCAUAUCGUAG